AUGGGGAUCAAGUUCCUGGGCCUUCUGAUGGUGUCUGUUUUGGUUGCUUAUUAUCUGUACAGCCCUGUUCCCGAGAAUGUGGAGGAUUGUUGGAAGCUGAUGCUACUUAAUGCUGUUCUUAGAACCGUAGGACAUGUGGCUACAAUUGCUGAGAAGCUGGGUUUUGCAAACUACAUGGACGUAAUGAUGAAGAUUACAAUUAUAGAAUAUACACCACCAGCAUCUGAUGAAAAGGUCAUUGUGACAGACACCAAAUUUAAUGAUGUUCCAGUUCGUUUGUAUGUACCUAAAGGGCAGCCUGACACUUUGAAAAGAGCAAUGAUUUACCUUCAUGGGGGUGGAUGGUGUGUAGGAGGAUCAGGCAUGAAAUCUUACGACUUCCUGUCAAGAUGGACUUCAGAGAAGCUAAAUGCUGUCGUAGUAUCAGUCGAUUACAGGCUGGCACCUAAAUAUCAUUUCCCAGCUCAGUUCGAAGAUGUGUACGCAGUUGUGAAGUACUUCCUGCAAAGCAGUGUUCUUGACCAAUACAACGUCGACUCAAGCAGGGUGUGUGUGUCGGGUGACAGUGCUGGAGGAAAUUUAGCUGCAGCUGUGGCACAGCAGCUCCUUCAUGACCCUGAAGUCAAAGUUAAACUCAAGAUUCAAGUUUUAAUUUAUCCCGCUCUUCAGACCAUAGAUCUGGAUCUGCCAUCCUAUAGAGAAAAUGAAAACAUGCCAAUUUUGCCUAAAUCGUUAAUGGUCAGAUUCUGGAGCCAAUAUUUUACAAAUGACACCUCUCUAAAAGAAGCGAUGGAGACCAACCAACACGGUCCUACAGAGUCGAGCGGUUUGUAUAAGUUUGUAAACUGGAGUCACUGGCUGCCUGAAAGGUUUAAAAAGAGCCACAUUUACACCACCCCAUCACACGGAAGUUCCAAGUUUGGACAGAAAUACCCAGGUCUCCUGGAUCCCAGAGCAGCACCGUUAUUGGUUGACGAAACCAAAUUGCGGGGCUUACCUCUCACAUACAUUAUCACGUGUCAAUAUGAUGUCUUACGAGAUGAUGGAAUUAUGUACGUCUCUCGACUUAGAGAGGCAGGAGUUCCGGUAAUCCACGAUCAUGUAGAGGAUGCUGUUCAUGGGGCUAUAUCGUUCCUUACGAGUCCGCUCACACUAUCUAUGGGACAGAAGAUGUCAAAUAAUUACAUUGAGUGGCUAAAUGAGAACUUAUGA